AUUGUUAAAAUGAAGUACAAUAUCUUGAAUUUGUAAUCAGCCAAAAAUCCAAAAUGGCAGCCUCUUAGUGUGUUUGUUGUAUGAUAGAAUUAGUCUGCUACGCCUACAACUUUACGCCGUUCACGUUUCUUCACACAUAUUCGUACAGUGAAAAUGGCUGAUCCUGGAGAUCGAAAGACGAAAAAGUCUUUUGUUUCACAAAGGCAGAUGAGAAACAGAAUUAAUGCAAGAUUGGAGGAUUACGUGAGAGAUUUUUCUGACAGCAACCUUCAGGAAGGCAUCCCAAGUGAGAUGCAGCAGAUAGUACAUAAACCUCCAACAAACGCUGCAGCUGAGCAAUUGGUCACUGCUUAUUAUGUCAAUCCGAUUUCACCAAAUAAUUUACCUGCUCCCUCUUGUGAGCCUGUACGCAAUGAAAGUAGUGACUCUGAGCAAGCUCAUGAACAAAUCGUCCCUGAAAGUUAUGAUGAAAACAGCUUUGAUGAUGAAGAAUCACAAACUAUCGAAUCAUCUGAUGAUUCAGAUGAUUGUUACGACUACUCUGAGAUUGACUGGAGUUUAUAUUCAAGUGACGAUGACGAUGACGUUAAUAAUUUAGCCUGCCUUGUACCAACUGGAGAUUUUGGCUCAUCUGUCAGGAACAGUUUGGCUGAAUGGGUCGUCACAUCAAGAGUCUCUCGAGUUCAUGUGAACAGCUUAUUGAAGAUUUUGAAGAACAAAGCACUACUAGACUACUUACCACUCGAUACAAGAACGCUACUUAAGACAUCACGAGGGAAACUGGAAUUUAUCGAUGUACCACCUGGAAAAUAUCACCACGUUGGAAUUGAAUCUGUUUUGGUAGCAUUUCUGUCACAUUUAAAAAGAACGGGGAGACCAAUUCCAGGAGAAAUAGUGAUUUUUUUUAAUGUUGACGGAAUCCCUCUUACCAACAGCAGUGCUAGUGAAUUUUGGCCAAUCAUCUUUCGAGUAAUUGGGUUUGACUUCGUGUUUGUUGCGGGGAUAUAUCAUGGACGCGGAAAACCGAAGGAUGUCAAUCAAUUCCUUGCACCUUUUCGUGAUGAGUACAUCCGUCUGAAAAUCAACGGCCUUAAUUUCGAUGGGAAAAACAUUUCAGUUUCCAUUAAAGGAAUGUCAUGUGAUGCUCCAGCUACGACGUUCUUGAUGAACAUCGCUUCACAUAAUGCCUAUUACGGCUGCAGAAAAUGCAUUUCCAAGGGCGUGUGGGUAGCAAAUAUCUCGACAUCCCUAGAAACCAAAAGAGGUGGUAGAGUAACUCAUCCGGACGUUAAUGCUAGUCUCCGGACAGACCAUUCCUUCCGCCAGAGAUCACAGAUUCAACAUCAUAACAAAAAUGGAGUCAGGUCAGUCGCAGAAGACCUUUUCGAAGACAUUUUGAAAGCCGUAGUUAUUGACCCAAUGCAUUGUGUAAAUAUUGGGGUAUAUAAAAAAAUGUUGGGAAUUUGGUUUAACGAUCCGUUUGAUAAAAUAAGAUUGAAGAAGGAUGACAUUUUAGAUAUUUCAGUUUUCCGUGUUGGCUUAAGUAAGUUUGUCACUUCAGAUUUUGCUAGAAAACCUAGGGCAGUUGAAGACUUACCUCGUUGGAAAGCAACUGAGCUUAAGUUGGAUCAAAAUUAUUUAGGACCCGUAGUAUACAAAAAAUACUUGAGCUCCACCAGUUACGACCACUUCAUGCUACUUCACGUGGCAAUAAGGCUGUUGACUAACAGAGAUUCGUGCGGGCGAGAUGCAAAUUAUGCAAAUGAUUUGUUGAGAUUGUUUGUUAGCAAUAGUGCAAAUAUUUAUGGAGAAAAAUUCAUUUCACACAAUGUUCAUUCGCUAAUCCACUUAUCUCAGGACGUGAUGAUACAUGGAUGUUUAGACGACUUUGCAGCAUUUUGCUUUGAAAACAAAUUGCAAACAAUGAAAAACAUGUUAAAAAAAGUGGUCGGCCUCUUCAACAAAUUGUUAGGAGAUUAGACGAGGAAGCACGCCAUACUUUUAUGAACCAGAACAGUCGACGAUUUGUAGAAGGCUUUAAGCUGGAAAAAUCACAUACAUCUGGUCCCAUAAUCCCUGCGCUCAUUUCCGGGAAACAAUUCAAAUUACUGCUAUUCAAAUAUUCUAAGUUAUCCGUCGCUAUCCCUGAUAAUUGUGUCCUUAUUAAUGGCCCACCAAAAAUGAUCGUUUUGAUUGAUAAUUUUGUAAAAAUGACUGAUGGAAAGAUUUAUGUUGUGGGAAAAAAUUUGAACAACA